GCACGUUGCUACAACGCCCGCUGUAACCGAUGCGCCGGCGGCCGAUGCCACCGCCAACGCGGCCGUCGCCGCGCCGGGACUCGAUCUACGCGGGUCCGAGCGCCUCGGACGAAAGCCUUCGUGCACCGUCGUACUACACCAAGCUACUGGCGGCAGCGACCGGCCGCAGUCUCAAGCAGAACGACGAUCUUGCGCGCUGGCUCCUCGAGACGCAUCCUGUCGUGCACGCGACGCUGACCUCGUGGGCCGUGCGAGGCAGCGUUGACAUCACGGCCCUUGUCGCGAUGAUGACGAUGCAGACGCACGCGGCAGGCGCGGCGAUCGUGACGCAGGAUGUGACACCUGCGGGAAGUCUCUUUGUCGUCGCGACGGGCUCGUGUACCGAGUACGUGCGGCCGCACCGGUUUGGUCACAGCCGGCGCAAGCGGCAGAUGCCGGCGCGGUCCUGGCGCACGCUCACGCCUGGCCAGAGCUUUGGCCUCGACGCGCUCUACUACAACUUUGAGUAUCACUACGUCACGGUCGCGUCCAACGGCCACAUUGAGCGUAGCGCAAUCGGGCUCCCGACCAACACGCCCGCGCUACUCUUUGCGCUAACGCCGGCGACGCCAGCGGACGAAGCGCUGGUUGCGUCGCUUGUUCCGACGUCGCCGCCGUUCCCGUACGACGUGAACGUGUUGCGCAGCCUUCAAGCGACGUUCCUCUUUGCAGGAUUGGCGACACCGGCGCUCGAGUUUAUUGCUGGACACGUGCCGCCGCUCCUGGCCGUGCCCCGGGGCGAGUACCUCUUCACGGCCGGGCAGCCGACCGGCAUCUACCUUGUCGCCAGCGGCGAGCUCCGCGUGUACACGAUCGACGACGUCGUCCUUGUUCAAUCCGAAGACCGCCACGUGGCAACGCGCCGCGUCGAGUUGCAGAUCUUGCGGCCCAUGGACGUUGCGGGGCUCUCCGAGAGCUGCGUCGGGGACGACGCGACGUUCACGACGUAUAGCGUCGCGUCCGUCCUCACGCACGUCUACGUACUGCCGACGAACGCGCUCUUUUCGGUCUUGACGCCGUCGACACGGGCGUUCCAGAGCGUUUGCGCCUACUUUCGCGUCCAGCGCGACUGGUUCAAGUUGCGGCGGUUCACGGCGCUGAACCGCUACAACGUCGAGGUCGAGCACAAGCUAACGCCGUCCAUGCAGCGCAAGAGCUUACUCCCGUGCGGCCGCUGCGGCGAGCCAGGCCACCUCUCAGACGCAAUCGUCUGCAAGCACCACGUGGACGUAACGAUGGACGGGCCGAUGCAGCUCGAGGUGCUGCGGGCUCGAGACGCAGCGCGGACAGCGCGACUGGCAGCGCUCGAGGCUGACGUGCGACCGCCAUCGCUGAUUGUCUUGCCUUCGGACGGCACCUCCCGCCUCGAUCGCGUGUUGGCACGGCUGGAUGCGGCCCUCGGCGCCGUCCAUCGACCGUCGUAAGCUGCCGACUAAGAAAAAAGACAUGUUGAUUAAAGAGAUUAGUGAUGGUUGUAU